GUCGGAUUGCGUCCCGGGCUCGGCUGCAGACCCGGUGGCCCAGCCAGGCCAACAGAGCCCAGGCCAUGGGAACGGGAGCAGAUACGACAUCGGCUCGAGGAAUCUGGGGGAUGUGGACCGCAGGUUGACUACCUAGGUAGCUACCUGACUACUAACACAUGCAGAAGAAGGGUCCCGCACCCGCACGCCCACGCCCACGCCCACGCCCACGCCCAUGACAGCCGCGCCCUCAACACCAAGCUGUGGCCGCCUGUCACCAUCUCCGGUCAUGAGAAUUGGUCAAGACCGAACCGCGGAAGCCGUGCUGGAAUGUCACGCAAAUCUCCCAUGGUGACAAAUUGGGGACAGGAUAGGCAUGGGUCCAACCCUUGGCCUCGGAGCGACGCUCAGUGCUGGCUGGCUGACUCCGAGUUUGCUCCCCGAUCCACGAUCCAGGCCUCCACAACAAGGAGAAGGAAGCACACCAGACCAUCACCCAAAAUACCGGACAAUCAUCUCGCCUCCGCCCUUCCCUGCCAGUCACUGCCGAACCAGAUUUAUAUUCCUCCUCAGUCUCCUCCGUCAUCAUUGAUACCCUCGUGCCCUCCCCACCCCCUUGCUGUAGCAUCAUAGCCACACUUAUAAGCUCCCUAUUUGCUUGUCGUACAUUAUUGGAGUCUCAACAUCUCUGCAACGGCUGGACCUGCUUAUUGUUAGACCUGCACAAGACACCAACCGACCCGCCCAAAUUGUAUAAUACCCCUUCUAAGCAGCCAUGGCCUCGACCGAUACCAUCCUGCAGGGCGUCAACGUCCUUGGCGCCGUCAAGGACGAGCACAAGAAGAUCCUGACACCCCCAGCGCUGGCCUUCCUCGCCCUGCUGCACCGCUCCUUCAACAACACGCGCAAGCAGCUCCUGGAGCGCCGCAAGAUCCGCCAGGCCGAGCUGGACAAGGGCAACCUGCCCGAUUUCUUGCCCGAGACCAAGCACAUCCGUGACAAUGCGACCUGGAAGGGCGCACCGCCCGCACCCGGGCUGGUGGACAGGCGCGUGGAGAUCACGGGGCCCACGGACAGGAAGAUGGUGGUGAAUGCGCUCAACUCGGAUGUGUGGACUUAUAUGGCUGAUUUCGAAGACUCGAGCGCUCCCACGUGGGACAACAUGAUCAAUGGCCAGGUGAACCUGUAUGAUGCCAACAGGCGCCAGGUCGACUUCAAGCAGGGUCAGAAGGAGUACAAGCUCCGUACCGACCGCACAUUGCCCACGCUCAUCGUGCGGCCCCGAGGUUGGCACCUCGAGGAGAAACAUGUGACGGUCGACGGCGAGCCCAUCUCUGGCUCCCUGUUUGACUUUGGCCUGUACUUCUACCACAACGCCUUCGAGUCCAUCAAGCGCGGCACCGGCCCCUACUUCUACCUGCCCAAGAUGGAGUCGCACCUCGAGGCCCGCCUCUGGAACGACGUCUUCAACCUCGCCCAGGACUACAUUGGCAUGCCCCGUGGCACCAUCCGUGGCACCGUGCUCAUCGAGACCAUCCUGGCCGCCUUCGAGAUGGACGAGAUCAUCUACGAGCUGCGCGACCACUCCUCCGGCCUGAACUGCGGCCGCUGGGACUACAUCUUCAGCGUCAUCAAGAAGUUCAGGCAGAACAGCAACUUUGUGCUACCCGACCGUAGCGCCGUGACAAUGACGGUCCCCUUCAUGGACGCCUAUGUCAAGCUGCUCAUCCAGACCUGCCACAAGCGUGGCGUCCACGCCAUGGGCGGCAUGGCUGCCCAGAUCCCCAUCAAGGACGACAAGGAUGCCAACGACAAGGCGAUGGAGGGCGUAAGGGCUGACAAGUUGAGAGAGGUGCGCGCCGGGCACGACGGAACAUGGGUGGCCCACCCCGCCCUGGCAUCCAUCGCCGUCGAGAUCUUCAACAAGCAUAUGCCAACGCCAAACCAGCUUUUUAACCGCCGUGAGGACGUCAAGAUUGGCCAGAAUGACCUGCUCAACAUGAACGUCCCCGGCAAAAUCACUGAGGAGGGCAUCCGCAAGAACCUGAACAUUGGCCUCGGCUACAUGGAGGCGUGGGUCAGGGGUGUCGGUUGUGUGCCUAUCAACUACCUGAUGGAGGAUGCUGCCACUGCCGAAGUCUCCCGCAGUCAGCUGUGGCAAUGGGUCCGCCACGGUGUGACGACUUCAGAGGGCAAGCGUGUCGACAAGGCCUACGCCCUGAAGCUGCUCAAGGAGCAGUCCGAUGAACUUGCCAAGAAGGCCGGCCAGGGCAACAAGUUCCAAUUGGCCGCCCAGUACUUCUCAGGGCAGGUUACCGGCGAGGACUAUGCUGACUUCCUGACAUCACUGCUGUACAACGAGAUCACCACUGUUGGAAACGCUGCACCGGCAUCAAAGUUGUAAUCUAGUGCACGAAUGUGUGCAAACGGGAGUUGCGCCGCUUUGAUUCAUGGGGCAAAAUCUUUUAACGAAGCAUGUACGAGCUGCAACCCAACAAUAUUUAUACUAUUUUGCUCUACAAUUCCUGAUCCAUGUGUGGGACCCUACUUGUUUGCAUCUCUGGCUCCUUACUCAAUCGACAUGUUUCUACGGGACGUCAUAUGCAUUGAUAUAGUUUUGGCGACUGUUGAGACGAGCAACUCAGACUUCAGGUUUUAGGGAAAAGAUACCACCGGCCAUCCCAUUCAUUCAAUUUCAAUUUGUUUCCUGCAGAUGUAAAGGAUUAAGCCAAGAGGAAAGCAG